AUUUUUAAUAAAAGGGCUUUUUAAAACGUGAGUGACUGACAAUACACAGCUAAGCGUGUAAGGGAGAAAAGAGUGUUUGUUCCAAUGAAGUAUUAAUUCCAGGUAACUGUCUCUGUAAACGGUCUUGCAGAAGGCUGAGGUUAAACUCUGCCCUCUUCAGAAUGUAUGUUUUGUAUCCUCCAGGAAUAUGCAAAUGUAAAUAGCUUUUUAAAGCCUCAGGAACUACAGACCUCUCUGGUUACUGUAAACCACAGCUGCUUAUUAAGGAGAAAGGCUUUAUUCCUCUUGACUCCUGUGGGUUUGUGCUUCUCGUGACCAUUCGUGGGUUUUUAUCCCUGCUUGUAGAAAUUGAGUGUGUAGAAUAAUCUGCAGCCACAGCAUUUCAUGGGGGUUUUAUGCUGGUUUAUCCCAUAUUCUCUUCCACGCUGUGCAUUUCCAGCUGUGGUGAGUGGGGCUGCGAGGGAUCAAGCUCUGUAAAAGAAGUUCCUUGGGAGAGUAGACAGGAGAAGGGAAGGUGAAGAAGGUGAGGAAAGCUGCUUUGGGAGCUGGGAUUCCACAAAGCCAGAGCUGGAACUGGGGCCUGCUGCCACAUCCCUGUCACCAUGAGCUCCUGAGAGCCCUGCCCUGUUUGGGGACCCUCACUAGGGAUGGAGUGGGAAAAUUGGUGAUGUUUGUAGGGGGGCUUUAAAGGAGAUUUGUUGUUCUCCUUCAAAUACCUGCUCUCAAGGAUUCUCCUGGACAGCCAGGGGUAAGAACAGAGAGCAUUCACUGGAUUUAUUUGGUGGAGCUUAGAGUUGCCCACAGUUCUUUGAUGCUGGAAAGACUGAUGGCAAAACUGAGACCUGUGAGAGCUGCAGGUGAGGAAGGCAGGUUUUCCAAGGGAAUGGCUAUCAAGGAUGCAGGAAAUAGCAGGAGACAUGCAGACUAUUUAGUUUACAUCAGUACAGAAGUGCUGUUUGCAUGCUCAAAUACAAUAUUUUAAGAUGUUUUCAGCAUGGAGCCCAUUGCCUUUGUUAUACUUUGACAGGAGCUACAGGAAAACCUGAAGGAAUACAUUAAGUGAAACAAAGUGAAUUUGGUGCAUCCAAUAGUGACUUUCAGUUCUGUAAUCUGCAUGCUUUUCAUUCUUAACCUUUACCAUCAGUUUUGGCCAUAAUUCUGUUUCUGAAUAAGGGCAGAAAAGUAGUAGAAGGCAGCUGCCUGUAUCCCCAAGUGUUAGGGAGUUCUCUGAAGUUAGUUGUCUUCAAUAAAAGCUGUAUAAAGACAUAUCAUAUGCAAAUGAUUGCAAAGAGAAGCCCAAAAUAAAUACUUAUUUUUAAUCUUCUGUAGCUUUUUGGUUCUCACAAAGUUUACAGAAUGCAAUAUUUAAGCUUUAUCUAUUUACUUUGAUACAUUAAACAUGUUUUGAAACUUUAAUUUUUGGCUGUCAUCAUAUUUUGAGAGCUUCAGCCUGAAAUAAUUGAUUUUGAUAAAUGCAGUAGCUGACUGGAUGAUGCUGACUGGAACUCAGCUACCAACUUUUGAAAUUUGGUUAUUGAAAGUUCUGCUUGAUCAACCCACAGAAAUUACUGUCUGUGUUCUGGAAGUGCUCGAAGAUGCAAGUGAGGUGGUUGAUGGCAUUUUCAAUCUGGUGCAAGAGCUUUCAGUGUCUCUAAGAGCUGCUGUGGACAGAUUUUUGGGCAGUAGAUUGCUGAUGGAUGAAGCAAAGCAAGGGAGUGUUCUGCCUGUGAGGUGGAUGUAAAUAUCUUAUAUGGAUGUGGAGGUCUUGCAUUGCACUAGGAAAUAUGUUCCAGCUUUACUCAGAUCAAAUCCAGGCUGAUGCUCAGGUGUUAUGUAGUUGAAACUCAAGACAUUGGAGCAGAAAAAUGAAGCACUUAAAAAAUCAGAAGGCUUUUCUCUCUAAGAGUUGGUGUAUUGAGUUAUUUAGAAAACCUGUUUAAGUUUUGAGGAAUUUUUUUUGGUGUGUGUGUGAGGAAGAAAUCUCAGUUGUGACCGUCCAGUUGGUUUUACUUGUAUUUAAUGACUCUGAACAUGGUCAGACAACCUGUGACAUCUAUUAAAUUGAAUGGGGUGGAUAUUGAGGUAACUCACUGCCAUUAACUGCAUACUGCACCUGCCUUUUUUACCUCAGUUGGUUGGAAAAAUGCAGUAAGGCUACUUAUCCAAGGCCCAGACUUCAUCUCCUUGGAAACCUGAUCUUUCACCAGAUGUUGAGAAAUGUAAUUUCUUUUUUAAUCCAUUCUGCAGAAGCACGCAGAUCAAAACAGCAUCUUCAGGCGUUGUUAGUCUGGAAUAUUCAUUACCUAAAAAAAUAAUCUGACAUUUCAGUCUUUGCCCCAAAGAAGAUUGAUAGCUUGUGUUGUGUUUGGUAUUAUUUCAAAUUUAUUUUAGCUGAUGCUCAAGCUCCUGGUUGAUAGUUUAAUUCGAUUCAAGAACUGGCUGAUAAUGGGUUCUUCAUGGGUAAAGUGCAGGAUUGUUUGAGGAGCCAUCCCUGCAAGGAUUUGUCUUUCUUCUCUUUCUGUUCAGGUCAGCUUUCUCCUGUGCAGCUGCAAAAAGCUAUUUCUUAGGCAGCACAUGGAGAAUUUGUAACCUUUUCAGUCUGCUGCCAUUUGAGAAGCUGUUACUCAACGUCUGCUGUGUCAGAUGCGCUUCUGGGUCAGCUGCUGAUGUCAGAGCCGCUUGUGACCCUGUGCUGGGGCUGUGCUGGAGUUCACUGGGUUGGCCUGGUGCAGGAAUGGUGCCAGCAGGGCUGCUCAGAGCAGGAGAUCUCCUUGGCAGCAGCUGGGAGGGGAGAACUAACAAGCCACGUUUCUUGGGGCCCAAGGUGUUGAUGUUCUCUACUGGCUCAAGGGGCCCAUUCAUGAGUCCAAGCAGCUGAGGCAGGUGGUUGUAGUUUUUGGGGUGGUUUUGGCUGGGUUUCCCUUGCAGGUGUUGGUGGGCUCUGUUUUCCACAGGUCCAAGGCAGUUUAGAGCCCUGGGAAGGGCAGCAGACACAUGGCUAAAUCCUGAACUGGAUGGGAUGGAAAUCUACCUUGCAGCUGCCGUAGCACUGGGAAGGAUGUUUGGUGAUUCCUAGGCAGCAUCUUUGGGCACCACAUCUCUGAAAUCACCUUCCUAGGAUGGCAUUUUAUGCCAGGUCCUGUUUCUGUAUGUCACAUUUCCAAGAGGAAGUGACUGAGGGUGGAAGGACUUUAUUGACUGGCAGUUCCCAGGGCAGCGCUGGAGAGGUGCACAAAAGUUUCUGUGCCUUGGUAAACAAGGAUAUCAAGCUGGACUCAAAGGAACAACAAAUAAAUUCAAUGCAUGUUGUGGAAGAGGAGACAGAACCUUUGAAGAGAGCUGAAGGGACUUUAACAGAUAAAAAAGCAUUUCAGUUGAGCACCAGAUGAGUGACUGAAGAAAACACACAUACAAGCAGAGUUUUUGGAAUUAUUUGACCAACAGAACAUGAGGCAUGGAAGAAUUCUAAGGUUAUCAGCUGCUUUGGGCUGAGCAUCAUCAUCUUUGCCCAAGUGGAUUUAGGCUUCCAAGACAGGCCUUCAGACAGUCCAAUGGCAGACCAAAGGAUGGACAUAUCUUCUACAAUUAGUGACUUUAUGUCACCUGACCCUGCUGACUUGAUCUCCAGUUCCCUUAGCACUUCAGGAAUGGACUGUAAUAGGAAAAGAAAGGGAAGCUCAACUGAUUAUCAACUCGAUGGCUUUCCUUUUGAGGAAGGUAUGGAUACAGAUAAAGAUGACCAACAUGGAAGAUUGGAGUAUGCAGACCAACAAGGCAGGAUAAAAAAUGCAAGGGAGGCUCACAGCCAGAUCGAGAAGAGGCGCAGGGAUAAGAUGAACAGUUUCAUAGACGAGCUGGCCUCGCUGGUGCCCACGUGCAACGCCAUGUCCCGCAAGCUGGACAAGCUCACCGUGCUCAGGAUGGCUGUGCAGCACAUGAAAACGCUUCGUGGUGCUACAAACCCAUAUACAGAAGCAAACUACAAGCCUGCUUUUCUAUCAGAUGAUGAAUUAAAACAUCUCAUUCUCAGGGCAGCAGAUGGAUUUCUUUUUGUUGUGGGCUGUGACAGAGGAAAGAUACUGUUUGUUUCAGAAUCUGUCUUCAAGAUCCUCAACUACAGUCAGAAUGAUUUGAUUGGUCAAAGUUUAUUUGAUUAUCUCCAUCCUAAAGACAUUGCCAAAGUGAAGGAGCAGCUCUCUUCUUCUGACACCGCGCCACGAGAAAGACUGAUAGACGCAAAAACCGGACUCCCGGUCAAGACGGACAUCACGCCCGGGCCCUCGCGGCUCUGCUCCGGAGCGCGCCGCUCCUUCUUCUGCAGGAUGAAGUGCAACAGGCCCUCUGUCAAAGUAGAAGACAAGGAUUUCCCUUCAACCUGCUCAAAGAAGAAAGCAGACCGCAAGAGCUUUUGCACGAUUCACAGCACGGGCUACUUGAAAAGCUGGCCUCCCACCAAGAUGGGGCUGGACGAGGAUAACGAGCCAGAUAACGAGGGCUGCAAUUUAAGCUGCCUGGUUGCCAUCGGGAGGCUCCAUCCCCACGUGGUGCCGCAGCCGGCCAACGGCGAGAUCCGCGUCAAGCCCACGGAGUACGUGUCGCGCCACGCCAUCGACGGCAAGUUCGUCUUUGUGGAUCAGAGGGCAACAGCCAUCCUGGCAUACUUACCCCAGGAGCUUCUAGGAACUUCGUGUUACGAGUAUUUUCAUCAAGAUGAUAUAGCACAUCUUGCAGAAUGUCACAGACAAGUUUUGCAGACAAGAGAAAAAAUCACAACUAACUGCUACAAGUUUAAAAUAAAAGAUGGCUCUUUUAUUACGUUGAGGAGUCGCUGGUUCAGUUUCAUGAACCCUUGGACCAAAGAAGUAGAAUACAUUGUCUCCACAAACACGGUGGUUUCCACGGCGGUCCUGGACAGCGGGGACGCCGCCUUUCCCCAGCUGGCAGCGUCCCCCCACAGCAUGGACAGCGUGCUCCAGGCUGGAGAAGGUGGCCCCAAAAGGACCCAUCCCACUGUGCCUGGAAUUCCAGGUGGAACAAGAGCUGGGGCAGGUAAAAUAGGCAGAAUGAUUGCUGAAGAAAUCAUGGAGAUUCACAGGAUAAGAGGCUCAUCACCUUCCAGCUGUGGCUCCAGUCCCCUGAACAUCACCAGCACCCCCCCGCCCGACACAUCCUCUCCAGGAGGGAAGAAGAUCUUGAAUGGUGGCACUCCAGACAUUUCUUCAGCUGGGCUGCUGUCCGGGCAAAUCCAGGAUAAUUCUGGGUACCCGUAUUCCGACAACUCCUCUAUCCUGGGGGACAACUCCCACAUCGGCAUCGACAUGAUCGACACGGAGCAGGGCUCCAGCAGCCCCAGCAACGACGAGGCGGCCAUGGCCGUCAUCAUGAGCCUGCUGGAGGCCGACGCGGGGCUCGGCGGCCCCGUGGACUUCAGCGACCUGCCCUGGCCCUUGUAAAUGACCCAGCACCCCAACAGCCAAGUGCAUUAAUGGUGGAGCUCUGCAGUCUGUGAAACUCGCGGGACUGAGAGGCUUUUAUGUGGGAACUUCAUAAAAGCUGUGUCAGAAUGCGACUCAUCCUACCAUGUGUAACUUCAGACAAAGUGGAAUAACCUGCUACAGUGUUCUGUGUUGAUUUGGUUAGCUGUGUAUAGCUUGCAAUACUUGUAUAUUUUGGAUUCUGUUGUUUGAAAUUUUUUUUAAAUCACUGUGCAACUCACUGGCAUCAGUGGUAGCUUUUAUAUGCAAAUGACCAUUUCAGAUGUAUGGUGUGUUUUUACACUGCAAAACAGUCCCCAUGUGGAUAUUUCUUAUACUAAUUGUACCAUAAAGCUGUUUAUUCUUUCUUGUAAGAAUCCUUUACUAUAAAUAUUGUUAAAGUGUAAUGUAUUAGACAGUUAAAUAUUUUUAAAAUAAAUGUUUCCCUUGUUCUAAGAUGGAGCAUUUACUUUGAUAAAUAAAUUUGAUAAAACCCUGCUGAAGGUGCAUGCCAGAA